GCGGCUGCGCCUGACUGCCCGUGGGGCUACUGGCUGGCCGUGGGCGCGGUCAUCGGCGUGUUGGUGGGCUGGGCCAUCAUCCUCUUCGUCAUCUUGCUGCGUGGACUGACCACGCGGGCUCUGAAGGUCUACGGCUUCGACCCUGUGCCGCGGGCGGACAUCCUAGCCUUGAAGAGGCAGGCGGCGGUGCAGGCAGCAAUUUUGGGAGACGGCGACGCCGACAUGGAGAUCGAGCAUUUUGCCUGGGUGAUCUCAGAGGCGGGCCACCUCCGCUUCGCGCAGACCCUGACCGACCAGGAGGUUGAGCAGGCCACGCUGGGGCAGACCAAGGGGGUCGCUCUAGUCAACGGCCUGGAGGUCUUCGUGGAGAAGAUCGAGGCGGAUCGCGCGAAGAUCGAGAAGUGGAAGGCCGAACGUGAAGCUGGAGCAGGUGACCUACGCGUUCUGGGUGAUCACCGUGACGCCUCAGGUCGUCGCCAUCUCACUCUCACCGAGGGCGUCUCCAUGAUGAGGGAGACCUCAUUCGAGGACUGGAACAUGCCUGGACCUCGGAUCGCAAAGGAAUGGCUUGUUUCUGUUCGAGAUGGGCCGGGCGACCUGACCACCUACCAUAGCCAGUGGAUGCGACGCUCGAGCGUCGGAGAGGGCACAGCUGUGGCCCACAUCCACUUCGUGAUGUGCGAGAUCGUGGGGCUGGCCAUCCAGGUCGAUCAGUUGGACGUCUCCAACCUGAUGAGCUUCGAGCUCGCCAUGCGCAGGAUCUGCCAGGACGAGACGGCCGUUUCGCGCAACCCUCGUCACCCAGACUACGGCGGGCUCGACAUUGUGCUGCACGCUCCGGUCUCGGAGCAGGGCCAGGCCAGCACGGACAGAUUCACAGAGUGGGUCACUGCCCGCUUGAAGGAGCGCGCCUCGAUCUACAAGCAGACUCGCCUCUGGAACGAGGAGCAGCGCGCCCUGCAGGCAGCCCGCACCUCGGUGGACCCCAGCAAGGGAGGCGGACGCGGCCGCGGGCGUGGCCGCGGCAAGGGCGGCAAGGACGACCAGGACUGGAUUCUGGACAGCAUCGUGGAGCGCGUCGACGCCGUGGGGCCCCCCCCGCCAGGCCUCGCAGCCGAGGGGGCCGCGCGCGAGCUGCUGGCCUCGAAGGACCUGUAUAGCCAGGAGCCGAAGCACCUAGCGCCGUUCGACCUGACAAAGCUCAAGGUUGCCAAGGGACGCGCCCGGCCGCGGUCUGUGGCCAACUUCCUACCUCCGCUAGCUGGGGAGAUGAUUCGGAACCCAGCGCAGUACAUAGAGAAGGAUGAGGGGGAGAUGGAGUUCACACGUCAGACAACUGAUCCCAUCAAGCCUUACUGGGAUCCAGUGCUUCGUUCUAGCCGACUGGAGCGAUGGAGGCUGUUCCGAGUGCUGUACGAGCUGGGGCUCAUCACGUUCAGGCCCCGACUUCGCGCUCGAGCCGCCAUAUUUUUUGUGAAGAAAAAGAAGCCUGGCGAGAACAGGAUGAUAGUUGAUGCGAGGCAGGCCAACGCCUGCCACCGUGCGCCUCCGACCACUCGCCUUGGGUCGGCAGGCGCCCUCGCGGACCUCGACUUCUCCGACGGGGACGGCUCUUUCGGCGGCGUCGGCAGCGUCGUCGGCUGGGACCCCCACGGGAAAGAGGCGGACGUCGAGGAUUGCUUCUAUAACUUUUCAAUAGACGGGCUGGCUGAGUGGUUCGGUUUCGACGACCCGCUGCCCGCUGCCACUAUCAGAGACACCUACGGCAUCAAUAUUGGCUCUUAUUGGGACCCAGACCUCCACAGGAUGGUUGCGGCGACUGACGACGUCGUGCUGUACCCGUGCAUGCGCGCCAUGUGCAUGGGCUGGUUUUGGGCCUUGUUUUUCGCGCAGGAGGCUGUAUCAGCUAUGACCUCCCGCGCCCUUCGGCCUUGCUCGACUCUGGAGCCGGCCAUGGUGAGGGAGCACCUCCCAGCGCCUGACCUCAACGAGUCCGGGGUCAUGGGCAGCGUCUACGUUGAUAACAUCACCGUCUUGGGUAAGACUGCCGCUGUGGCCCGUGAGGCCAGUGCCGCCCUUCGAGACGAGGCGGAGCGCUGUGGUCUCCCCAUCACUUGGUCGUACCCCGACGUCGUCACCCAUCUGGAGACGGUGGGGAUCGAGCUUGAUCUGAAGCAAGGGCGCCUACGCAACAAGGCCUCCCGAGUCUGGAGGUUCGACCUGGCCACCCGGGCGCUGCUGGCCCGGGGUAAGAUGCGAGGUGAACACAUGGAGGUCUGGUUGGGCCACGCGGUCUCCCUGCUGAUGCUGGCCCGUCCAGGCUACGCCGCGCUGUCCGCCGUCUACCGGUUCGCGGAGGAGGCCUGGGGCGCGCGGACUGUCUUGCCUAGCGAGGUCAGACAGGAGAUGCGCAUCGUGGUCGGGCUGGUCUGGCUCGCGGAGGUCGACCUGGCAGCGCCCUACGUGCCGCACGUGUACGCCAGCGACUCCGCCGACCACGGGUACGGGCUCAUGUACAAGAGGGCCUCGCUCGGCGACCUGCGCUCGGCCUUCCGCUGGAAGGAGAAGUGGAGCUUCAAGCAGCACCUCCGAGGGCCGCGCGUGGGUCUUGUGCCUCCGACUGAUGUUGCCGACAUGGGGGGGUACGGCGACGUGAUCGACCGGUCCCUGGACUAUGAGAUCGAGCCUCGCUGUCAGUCUUCCUCGCCCUGCAGCGGCACGGCGCCCGCGACCGCCUUCGGCCAGUGGCUGCAGCGCCGGGCGGAGGAAGGCCAGGGCUUCCUGGAAUUGUUCUCGGGCGAGGGCGGGCUCUCGGACGCCUUCAAGGAGCUCGGCCUGAAGACCUUCCCCGGUAUGGACAUCAAGGACGGGGCCCACUAUGACCUCCUAGAUCCUAUGGUGCAGCUCGUUAUCUUACAGGGUAUUCGAAAAGGGCUGUUCUGGACCUCGAGGCUCUGGGACUUUGACCCCGUUCGAGAGCUCACCAACCUUCCUGACGUGAUUCAGAUUUUUCUCGUGCACUGCAGCUAUGGGGCCCCGCACUUGAAGCGGACUAAGAUCCUCAAUUUCUUCUUGUCGUCCCUGAGCUCAGAGUGCUCCAGAGAUCACACGCACGUGGAGCUCAGGGGUUUCGAGACAGUUACGUUGCCAUCUGGGGCUCGGGUCAGACGCAAUCGGACCGCUGGAGCGGGAGCCUACCCCCGCGGGCUCUGCAAGGCAUGGGCUCAGGCGGCCGCUCUGACCGCGCCUGCUGGCGCCCGCGGCGACCUGAACGCUGCUGACGGCGGAGACCUGGAGGCGCAGCUCCGGGAUGCUUCGCAGCGGCCAGCUUCGCGUGCCCGAGAGCGCCUCAGGCCGGCUCGGCAGCGGCUCCAAGCGGAGCCUGACCUCGGGCUCUCUGCAGCCGCCGACCCAGACGCCCUCGAGAGCCGGUACGACCACCUCCGGCCGUUCAUCGUCUUUGGUCAGGACUCCAACCUCGAGGCAGCCCGGAAGCAGGCGGCCCGCGCCAAGAGAGGCCCGAAAGGUGAUGAGGACCUCAGGGAGGCACCCGAGUCCAAGAUUGACCAAUUAAUGUGCAAGUAUUUUGACAAGCUGAUGAGUGAUGCCAGACGCCCAGCUGAGGGCCGCUACGCUCUCUGGGGCUACCUGACUUUCUUCCCGCGCUCUGACAUCGCCAAGUCUGCUCGCCUCGUGAUGGCCAGGGAGGCUAUGAAAGGCUGGACCCGAAGAUUUCCUGGCUCGUCUCGCCACCCGUGGCCGCUGUCAGUUUUCUUCCUGUUCAUGACAGUCUUUAUGAAAGACAAGCACAUCGAAGCCGCAGUAGCCUUAGCCAUCCAGCUGGACGCCUACCUGAGACCCUCAGAGAUCUGCGACCUACGGUGGUGCUCGGUGGUCCGCCCUUCGUCAUCAUCGUCGCGUCUGGCCCGAGGCCGCUGGGCCGUUGUUAUCGGCAACUCAGACCUUGGUGAGACCACCAAGACAGGCGAGUGCGACGACACCGUGGUGCUCAACUCGCCGGGCCGAGACUGGGUCGGCUCUGUCCUCGAGAUGCGGGCCCGGCGGCGCUCGUCGAGCUCGCGCCCAGAGGACCUGGUGUUCCCGAACCUGUCCUUGGCCAAGUAUGAGGCUCUUUUCAGAAAGUACAGCCGGUCGGUCUUAGGCAAGACCG